AUGGAGCAUCGGGUUCCUCAGUUGGUGUUGAAGCAACAACUGGAGCUGGUGUCGCUUGAAUUUGCAUCGAAGUUUGAUGCCUCUUCGACGGUCGAGAAGACCAAUGAUCUCUACGAUGAGUUCAUCGAACAUAGCAAGGCAAGAAGUGCAUGCCUUGUUGCAGAGCUACCACCUGAGACUAGCACUAAGGAGAGGCCAAAAGAACUAGUACUUGCUUCAAACCAGUUGGAUGUAGUUGUAGACAAGAGUAUAGUUGUAAGAGAGAACUCAGACCUCAAGUCACAAAAACCUGUCAAUAAAACUGUAGCUAUGAAGGACAAGUCACUCCCCCAGCUGGGAGGGGGAGUUGAGAGAAGUAUAGUUGUGCAUGAGAAGCCACUGCAUCAGUCGGUGACGGAGAAGAAAGACCAUCACAGGAUGGAGGAGGUAGAGCAUUCAAAGUUGCUACUCCAACGGUCAGCCACAGAGAAGAGAAAUCCUCACAGAUUGGUGGGAAGUGAGCAUUCAAACAUGCCAUUCCGCAGGUCGGCAACAGAGAAGAGAAAUUGUCCAAAUUUGGAGGAAAAUGAGUACUCCAAAUUGUCGGAUGAGGAGCUUAAUAAGAGGGUGGAGGAGUUUAUUAGGAAAUUCAACAGGGAGAUCAGGCUUCAGCUGGGAAAUGAAUAGAAUGUGUGCUCUCUUAGUAGAGCUGAGUUCACUGUGUGAUGGAAGCUGUCUUUGGGAAAUGUCAGUCUUUGUAAUAUGUCAGAACAAAAUAAUUUUAAUCUUACUAGCAAAAAAAAAUCUCUCUUUCCAGCUGAUGAAGUCCUGUAAAUGUUUGUGAGCCUAAUUAAGUAGAAGCGCACUUAAAUUUCUUA